AUGAAUCUCCUCCAUUCAUCCUUGCAAUUCUCCACCGUCCGCACGAGAUUCCUUCCUGUAAGGUCGAGUCUUCUUCCAUUCACAAAUCAGAAUGCGAAGUACCAUAGGGAGCUCGAAGCUGCUGUGGAUGUUGUAGAGAGAGCGUGUCGUAUUUGCCUUGACGUGAAAAAGUCUUUGUUUUCUAGUGAAGGAAGUGUCGUUGAGAAGAAUGAUAAUACUCCAGUUACAGUUGCUGAUUUUGGAGUGCAGGCUUUAGUCAGUUUGGGUCAGAACUUUUGGUUUGUGUUUUUGUUGAAAGAAUUGAGUAAAGCGUUCCCUUCUAUUCCAUUGGUGGCUGAAGAGGAUUCUGAUUUUGUACGUUCUAAUAAUCUGGUGGAUUCUGUGGUGAGUGUGGUUACUGAUAAAGCAAGCUCCAGUGAUAAGCCAUUGACAAAUGCUGAUAUUUUGGAAGCAAUCGAUAGAGGAGGAAAGAGUGCUAUUGUUUAUGGAAACAGGCCAGCCACAUAUUGGUAUCAUAGGUUUGCUCUUGUGUUUGCAUCAAGACUUGCAGCUAAUUCACAACGAAUGCAGGUACUGGAUCCAAUUGAUGGCACCAGAGGGUUUUUGAAAGGAAGUGAAGCCUUGUAUGUGGUAGGUUUAGCUCUUGUAGUUGAAGGAGAGAUUGUGUUAGGUGUCAUGGGCUGCCCUAACUGGCAGGAGGCUAUUUCCUACAAAUCCACCACUGAUGUUCAAGGAUCUGAAAGUAUGCCAUCCAGAUCAGGGAUCAUAAUGGUGGCUCUUGUUGGCUGUGGAACAUGGGCAAGGAGGCUAUCAAAUCUGAUGGGUGAAUCAGCCAAAGUGCCUAAUGGUUGGACUAGGCGCUUUGUUGAUGGAUGCAAUUUAGUACCCAAAGCACGUUUUUGCAUUCCAGAUAGUCAGACAUGGGAGUCAUUGCCACUAUCGGCUUUUUUCAGCGCAACAAAUGAUGGUGACAGUGUGAGCAAUAAAGAGAUUGUUCUUUUGCCGACAUGCUGUGGAAGGUUUAUUCUUAUUCAUCUGCUGUUUAACUACAGCGUGCUACUUAUAUGUGCCUACUUUAACUUUGAUUGCCAAGGUGUUGUGAUAAAGAGUUUAUGCAAGUACUUAAUGGUGGCUUCAGGCAGAGCAUCAGUCUUCAUUCUUCGAGCAAGAACUCAGACGAUUAUCAAGGCUUGGGAUCAUGCAGUUGGCAUAAUAUGUGUCCAUGAAGCAGGGGGAAAGGUGACUGACUGGAAAGGCAACGAACUUGAUCUUGCUGCAGAUCAGGUUGAAAGAAGGAUCUUAUUCCCUUCAGGGGGUGUUAUUGUGAGUAAUGGGAAUGUACAUAACCAGAUCCAGGAGAUGAUUUCUUCUACUUCAUGA